AUGAAGGCAGGUUCUUCAUCUUCUCUAAAUCCAUAUGCAGCUUCCUAUGUGCCCCUCUUCAAAAGAGGGGUUGCCAAUGCAAACAACGGCUUGAGCCCGACACAAGAAUUGAACAGUGGAAAUGAGUUUGUUUGGUCAGGUCAUCAGCCGAGCACAUUAUUUGCUUCUGCUAUCCAAACUGGUGAAGGUUCUAGAAGGAAGAGUCAGCAUGGUGGUGGUGGUGAAUUCUUGGCUUCUACCUCACAGUAUCCUAAUCCGAUACAACCAAGCUUUGAUGAAGAGUUCGAUAUGGACUUGGCUUACCUUCAGAUGAACUUUCCGGGGAUAUCGGAUGAGUCGCUUUCUGAUGUCUAUUUGGCCAACAGGUGUGACCUGGAAGCUGCAGUCGACAUGCUACAUCAACUCGAGGUCUACCCUGAUGAUUCAUUGGAUAAGCUUCCCGAAUCUUUGGACAUUGGUGACGUGUCGGAACCUGUGACUGUUAGCAUGACAUCAUCAUCAUCACAAAAAGCUAAGAUUCAGACAGUUGGCGAUGCUCGGGCUUCAUCUUCUGCUCCAUUCAACCCCUCACCUGCAAGCUAA